AUGGACAAAAAAGUUAAUGAAAUAGCUGAAUCGAUAAAGAAAGAUACGAGUAAUAUUUUUAUUGAUUUAUUUAAUAGCAACAAGUCCAAAAUAAAAGAUAAAUUGAUAUGGAAUUAUAAUAUUAUACAGAGUGUUAUAGUUCAACCGGUCACUAUUACAACACCAUCGACUCCGAUAAUUUUACAUUACAAAGGGGAAAUAUUCUUUACAUUUGAUGGAAGAACAUUAUUUUUUGACAACAAGUUCAAAAAUUUUCAUAUUUUUCUUCCAUUUACAAUUAAAGAUGCGUGUUUCUACAAUUUUAAAAAGAAAUCCUCAGGCAGUCCCAAAUGUGUGAUUGUUACUUUGGACAGCCAAAACAAAUUGUCAUAUUCAGGAUUUAAAAAGUAUUCUAUAAAUGAAAAUAAGACUAUUAUUUCAAGAAAUGUUUUACAAAUGAUUGAAAAAAACAAUGAAAUUUAUUAUUUAUCUUUUAAAAAAGACAAAUAUUUUUUAAAUUUUGUAUCGGAAGAUAAUGGAUAUUUAAAACCAAAACAAAUUGUGCAGAAUAUUACAUCUACAUUUCCUGUAUCGUUUUUUUGGUUAUCAAAAGGCCUUUACAUAAACCACGGUAGAAGUUUUUUUGAUGCAGCAGGUAAAAAAUUUCGAACAAAAGGAGAUAGUGUUUAUGAGGUUUCCGAUAAAAUUGUUAUUUAUAACAAAACCAAAGAAGGAGUUGUACUUUCAUUGGUUAAUAAUAACUUUGAAAUAAAAAACGAAUUGAUUAUUGAAAGUACUAGUCAUAUUGUAAAAAUUUGUGCUGUUUUUAAAAUGAUUUGUUGUAGAAUUGGAUAUAAAAUGUAUUUUGUUGAUGUUUUAAGAAAUGAACUUGUUAUUGUUAAAGAGAUUUCUUGUCCUACUAACAUUUUAGAUUUUUCUGUCAAUUCUAAUGGUCUAAAUAAUAUUAUUCUGUGCUUUUUGUGUAGAAAAUUUACAGAAGUGAAAGAUAAUGAUCCCAAAUCUAAAGAUUUACAGGAUAUUAUAUACAUAAGAGACUUGUCUUUUGAUUCUAAAGAUGUUUCAAGUAAUUCUUUAGGUGAUGUGACAAGUAAUAUUUGUCCUAAGCCUGACGUUAAUUCUGCGAUUUAUAAUCCUUUUAAAACGUCAAAUGAUGCUAACUUUGAAAAAGAAUUUCUAGAAGAUUCAUCAGAUAAUAAGAAUACUAUAUUUGUUAAUAAUGAUGUCAAUGAAAGCAUUUCGAGAAAGUUUAAUUUUUCAUCAAAAAGUGCGGAAAAUCUUACAGUUAAUUCCACAUUGUUUGAUGGGGUCUCUUUUUGUAAAAAUAAGGACUUUUUUUCGAGGCCAGUUACUAAAAAUGAAUACUCGCCUUCAAGUUUAAAUUCUAUUUUUGGACAAAAUGAUUUAAUGUCUGAUAAGCGGAAUACUGUGAUUGGCGGGGUAUCGGAUCCAUUGCGAAAUACUGAAAGUCAUUUUCUUAAACAAAAUCAAUCUGAGUCAAUUCUGAAUAAAACAAAUGGAUUUAUUAAUACUAGUAAUAAUAAUUAUUGUAAUCUUUUUACUGAUGCGUUAGGUAAAUAUAAUGAAGAUUAUAAUAAUCUUUCUAAAUCGCCUUUAGAACUUAACACUGUGCUAGAUAAUAAAAAACCAUCUACUACUGAAAAUUAUAAUAAUCCUUUUAUAAGCAGUUCACAUUUUUCUUCUAAUGAAAGUAAAAAUGGUUUAUUAAAUAAAUCCGCAUCUCUCUCAGAAAAAGCUGAUAAUGAAGAUACAAAAUCAAGUCCUUCAUUUGGUGUCUUAUUUAAUACAAAAAAUAGUAAUAUGGAUUUUGAAUCUUGCAUUUUAAAUCACUUUUCUAGGUUAGAAAAAAGAUUUGAUGAAUUCGAGCGUGUAUCUAAACAAAAUCAAAUAGAGCUGGUUGACAAAUGUAUGAAUGCUGUAACUAGCUCUUUGUUAGAUUUCUUAGAUAAAAAUGUUAAAGAAGAAAUAAAAAAAGUAAACAAACUUGUAGAUGAGUUAAGUAACAAAAUUACUUUAUUUAGUAAUAAACAUGUUGAUGAAGAAAAGUUAUUGCAAUUUACAAAAGAGAUUAUUUGUGAUUCUCUUUUACCUGUUGUUGAAGCUUCGAUGGAUGAAAUGAGAGUUCAAGUCGUCGCAGAAAUGUCUAAUUUUAAAGAUUCUGAAUACAUGCAAGAUUUACAAGACGCUAUUUCGUAUUUAAAGUGUACAGAAGAACAUUCUCUACUUAAAAAGUACAUUAAGUCAAGUAACUUUAAUAAGGCCAUUGAGCUUGUUCUUAAAGGAACAAAUAAAGAUUUAGAAGAGCUGUUAUUUAUAAUUAAACCAGAGCAAUUAGAAUCUGUGAUUUCUAAAAAUCUAAUUGCAUUACUCGAAAAAAUAAUUCUGUACAUCAAGGACGGUUAUGAAAAAAACAUUGAUGACAUUAUUUACAACUUAUUGACGUAUAUCGAACUUGAAAGUUUAGAUGAUGAUGAACUAAGAACCUUAAUUGUUAUACUUUCUCAAAUUAAGGACAGUGAAUUGUUUACAACAGAUAAUAAUAAGCAAAUUAUUGUGCUAGUUGAUUUUCUAAAAUUUAAGAUACCUAAAAUUCUUUUUAAAAGGCAAAAAUCAUUAAAAAAUUAG